CCGAAGAAAGCUCCACUAACACACUUUCUUUGCCUUCCUCUUAUCACUUCCUCCUCGCGACCGGAGAUUGAGGCAUCGCUGAAUGCAUUCAAGGACAGUAUCACCACCAGCAUUCAUCCAAAGGCAAUUCGCCCCGUUGGCACUCUACACUUAACUCUAGGAGUAAUGAGUCUCGAUCCCACGAAGCUUGCAGCAGCUGUGAAUUUCCUCAAGGAGCUCGAUCUUAAAUCAAUGCUGGACGGAGCUUCUCCAGGAAGCGUCAACGGCUCCCAAACAGAAUCCAAGCUUGACUUGAAAGGUCUGGAAUCCAUGCACCCACCUCAGAAGACCUCGAUAUUGUAUGCGGCUCCGACCGAUCGUACCGGGAGACUCUACCCAUUCUGUCUUGCAUUACAGGAAGCUUUCAAUGAGAAGGAGUUUCUCGUCAGUGAUGACAGGAAACUCAAGCUCCAUGCCACACUCGUCAACACCAUCUAUGCCAAAGACAGGGGGAAACCUACAAAGCCCCAGAUCAAUGCCCAGGUUUCGAACAUCCCAAUACGGACACAGAAUAAUGCAGACGCAGUCAAAGGACAUGGACCAGAUGCCAACGCGCACCUCAAAUUGGAUGCCAGAAGCCUGAUUGACAAGUAUAAAGAUUAUGUUUGGGCAGAACAAAUCACUCUUGAUAGAGUUGCGAUUUGUGAGAUGGGAGCGAAGAAGAUU